AUCUUCUUCUUUUUUUUGCUCCUCCUCUCUCCCUGCUGCUUCUUCCUCCAGUCGUACUAAUCUCUCAUAUCUCCGGCCCAGCAAUCAUGGCUUCCCUCUCCCACUUUGUCAACUUCUCCCAGCCGUCUCUCCAAUGGGCCGCGCUGGCCAUUGCUUUCAACCCCAUCUUCUGGAACAUCGUCGCCCGUGCUGAGUAUCGGAGUCACUUCUUGACUCGUAUAUUCGGUAAUGCCUAUUACGGCUGCUACUUCCUCGCCAUCACCAUCUUCAGCCUGGGAAUCCUGCGAGACCAUAUCUACCAAGUGGCCCUGGAAGAUCAACCCUACUAUGCCCCGGUGCACCAACCGAUUCUUGGCGGCUUCCUUUUCGCCGUUGGCUCUGUCCUCGUUCUAUUCAGCAUGUAUGCCCUCGGAGUAACCGGCACCUACCUUGGAGACUAUUUCGGUAUUCUGAUGGAUUCCCCCGUCACCGGAUUCCCCUUCAAUGUCACCGGGUCCCCCAUGUACUGGGGAAGCACUCUGAACUUCUUGGGAGUUGCUCUCUAUCGGGGCAAGGUGGCGGGCGUCUUCCUGACGGCCGAGGUCUUCAUUCUGUACUGGUUCGCUCUUCAGUGGGAAGAUCCCUUCACGGCGGAAAUCUACGCCAAGCGGGAACGUGAGCGCGCCAAAUCGAAGCAGGGCGGCAAAAGCUUGUAAGCCUAGGCCCAUCGGCAUUUUGGAGGGUCUGGGCACGUACUCUACUUCAACCCUCCUGCAAUGCAAUGCAGACCAAUUUGCCUGCGGGAGCGGAACUUGGACCUUCAACUCCCACGCCAUUCCUGCCAGUCAUUGAGUGAAAACACAGACCUCCCCCCAGCCCUAGGAUCUAGGUAGGUAGGUGUUAUGGUAAUGAAAUUCGAAGCCUAGCAGAGGAUACACUCGGUCUUCAACAAUGAUCUGCUAGUCCACCAGUCAGUCGAGAGAAAGGAAAGAGAAAGAACAAGAGUGUGAUGGGCAGGUAAGCAGUAUCUGGCCAUGCAAGUCAAGCGAAAGGGGGAAUUGCUUGUAGAUAACUAGGAGGAGAAAACCACCAUUUCUAUCA